AUGGGUAGCCAAUAUUUGCCUACUCAGAAAGAACUUGCUGCUAAAGAACGUCGAACAAAAAUACUGAUAAAGUUAUCUAACUUCCAAUUUCUUUUUGUGAGUUCUUUUUAUAAAUUCUCGUGUUUCGUAUUUUUUUUUAGUUAGUGAUAUUACUCGUCUCGGCUUGCGUUUUUGAUUCGAAGGUACAAAAUCGAGACGCCAACAGUGCGAGAAUCAGCGUUGAAACUUGCGAACGAAACUGUCACAAAAUGUUCAACUUUUCCGGUUGUUAAAAUGUUUUUCAAAUAGUUAAACUGGAUAUAUUUUUAGCGUGUUUAUGCUCAAGAUCUUGCCGGACCUCUAAUGUCCUACAGGCAGAAAAUACUCGACCAGAAAAUAAUCAUCAAUGGAAAAUGCUUUGACCCCAUUCACAAAAUUCAUUUGAUGUUUGGCAUAUGUAAGUUUGAUCUUUUUUAAAAUUGACAAAACUUUUUUUCAAACGAAUUUAAUUUAGCUCAAGAAAGUUGAAUGCAUUCUCGGAGGUUUUUUUUCAGCUGACAAUCGUACCAUCUUCGAAGACUUUCUACGAGUUAUUUACCUUUUUUUCUUCUACACGGCAUUUUCCGUUUUUCUGGCUUAUCAUUUCAUAGACUGGGAUAAACAAAUGACCAAUGCGUUCUCAGGAAAUGGUGAGAUGAUUUUCAGCCCCAAUAUAUAGAGAAAAUCUCCGUUUUUAAUUGCGGUCCUCACUUGAUUCACGAUUUCGCAAAAGCUGGCAAGAGCAGGUGCUGAGCGCGGAUUAGGCAGGCAGAAGGAUAGCACGUCCGACAAUAUAUGCAAUUAAGCGUAGCCUACAGUGAACAAAUAGACAUCUGGUAACUUAAUACCAAGUAAAUUACUGGUUUCCUUCAAUCGAAACCCUAGAUGUUGCUGGGACAAACAGGAAAUUUGCCGAGAGACUUUUGUUUGGGGAGCUUUGAUAAUUAUUUGAAAAGUUAAUGGAUAAUACAUAUAGUGUAUGAGUACAACUGUCAAAGUAAAUCUUAUCCAUUUAUUCUUAAAUAUAUAAAUUGCUUCUUAUUUCAGUACUCGCCGUCGUUCCUUCCGAAAAACAAGGCCCAACUCCCUGGCACAUGUUAAAAAGAGACGAUACAAAAGUUGACGUGGACCAAGAAAAAAUUUACUACGAAAAACUGCAAAACUUGGUUUGUCAAUUUUUUUUUGUUCCAACCAAUAUUUCUCCCAAAAGUCAUAGAGCAAAGGAUAAACAGCGGAUUUCAGAGGCCUCGAAACUUUUUUCAAAACAAGUUGAAGUCAUUACACUGCGAAGUGCACAAUACAAAAAGUCGGAGACAAAAGCUUUCAGAACAGUUGCCCGGCCGGAGGAUCAUCCAUUUCAUUCGAUACCAAGAGAGUCGCCCCACCGAUCGCACUUGGCGGUUUACUUUUUUCGCAUAAAAAGUGGGCACUUUAAACUUUGAAAAUACUUCAGUUUACUGCGCCUCGGUCGUUGUCUAUACACUCCUCGUAAUAAUGAUGAGAGGAUCUGAAGAAGUUGAAAAAACCUACACUGCGUACCAGGCGUUCCACUACACUAUGGGAGUUGGUGAGGGAACGGAUAUUUUGAAUUAUAACAUCACGCUUUUCAAUUUCGAAAAUUUCCUAUCAGAACAAAUUUUUUUCGAAAAAAAAACGCUUAUAGCUUCUAGAAAUAUAUGCCCAAUGAGUAAAGCUUGUAUAUUUGGCUCGAAAAAUCUGAAAAACUAGAAAAAAAACUUAAAAAAAAGUUCUUAUGAAACAGGAACCAUGGAUAAUUCCAGCAAAAAGCAUUUCAUUGUUUCAUCGAUAUUUCCUGAAUUUUUUUCAUUUUAAACGUUCUACAAAAGCUUUUUUUCAAAGCUAUUUUUUUGAGUGAUCAGAUUCUGUUAGUUAAAACUUUAAUGCUAUUUUUUUAUUUAGUAAACCUCAUAAAAAGGAAAAAAAUAAUCUACGCUUUUUUGUAGCGUAAGUGAUCGAGGUCUGCAGAUAUUCUCGCUUUAUUUUAAUUUUAACGACAAGAAAAUCUGAGCCAAUACCCGCGUGUCCUUUGUACUAGAUUUGAUCUAAAAGUUAAUAAAUAUUUGAAAUUCAGAAACCAAAGACGUGAUAACUGGAAACUUCGGAGAUUACGUCCUCGCUGUUGCGAAUAUCAUCACUAUGGUGAAUGGAGCGCACUUUAGAUCUAGCCGCUUUGCAAACCUCACCCGGCGGCUUUUCACACCACCGAUUAACUCGAAUUUCAAUCAAUUAUUUUAGUGUUCUCUGACUAUGACGGUGCCGAAUUUGUUGCUCAUCUUGUUGGAGGAACCUUCGAGAAGAAGAAUCAUUGGAGAACCAAACGGAUACGAUCUUUAUUUGGUGGAACGGAAAGAAAUCCAAAAGCGGCUUGAUCUCGAGAGCAAAAUAUUUUUCCGGCAGAACAAUGGCGAGCUAUUGAAAUCGUAG